UCUAAUUCUGUCAAAAAGGAGAGGCAGGAAGAGGCUUGUGGGUUGACAGAACUCUUAGUCCUGCUCCUCCCCUGUGUGUGUGUCUGUGUGUGCAUGUGCAUGUGAGGUGCAGAAGCUACGUCAGGGAGUUGGGUGGAGAUGAGAAGUGGCAAAACCGUUAACAGAUACUGGGGACCACACUAGUGAAGUUAGGUUAUCCUGCUGGAGGAGGAGGAGGAGGAGGAGGAAGAGGAGGAGGGGAGGGCGCUUCAUGUGUAUGAUUUUGCACCAUACACAUUUAAAACCUAUAGCACAAGUGGGCAGACCUUUUAUCAUCACAUUGUGUUUCUAUAGAGUGUCAUUUCAGCAGAUGUAAUUAACAAUUUUAAAUUGUUGAAUAUAACCUGUAGUAACCAUAGUGACGGAACAGAAAUACACACUUAAAAUAAUUUAUGUUUGUUACAUAAUUUGUUGUUUUUUUAAAUAAUAAAUAUUCUUAAUAAACAAGCAUGACUUUUGGUUGAGUCCUAAAGCUCAUCACUGUCUUCUUUAUUUCCCUGGUCUUCACAUUAGUCUACUGUAUAUAUUGACUGCGUGUUUAAGUCACAGGUUUGCACAAACCAGUCGAUCGCAUUUACUCUAGUUUUCCAGAGAGUUCUUCACCAGUUUCAAAGUACGCCUCGGCUGAUUGUCAUCCUGAAAGCAACACAACGGCCGAGACCAGAGUGACUGCUGACAGCCUCAUUUUAUCUCCUCACCAUCUUCUUUUCUACUGCUUCUGUUGCACCUGCUAAAUCAUUUAACAUGGCUUUUUAUACAUUUACGAACCAUUGACGUUAAUUGUUGAUGUAAUCUGAUCAAUGUAUAGUGCACUGCCUGCUUUGAAAAUGUAGGAAAAAAAACUUUCACCUGACUCUAAGGUGAAACAAUUUUCACUCUUCAGUAGAUAACUGCUUGAAGCUACUGCAAACCAAAUUAUAUUAAUAAUAACUUAAAAACUAAUAACAAAAUAAAUAAAAACCUAAUAAAAUAUAUUAUUUUGAUUUGAUUAAUCUGCUGUCCCGUUGACCCUGAGGAGUCUUUGGGUCAAUAAAACAGUAUUUUACCUUUUUAUUUCACGUCUUAGUAACAAUAAAUAAUGUAUAGAUUUUGCUCUAAUGGUGUGUAAUAAUUAGUUAUUAGUUACAUUUGGAGAUGUCACAAAGUAAUUGAAACUCCUUAAAUAACCUGAGUGUGUUCCAAAACGCUGCGUUAAAAAUCUUUCUCCCCCUGUAUAAAAUGAGAAUGAAGAAUGAAAAUAUUUUUGUCCGACCCUUAGUUUUAAUACACAGGUGUGUCAUUAUUUCUCAUAUAAGUUUCCGGUCUUUACUGACACCAACAGAAAAAGUAGAGGCCUCUCGUCAGUCUUUAGGAGGAGCUGGUUUUGUCGGAGCGGCACACACUCAGUUUGGACUUUGAUGGAGAUUCUCACCAGAAUCCUGUCGUCCUAUGGCCCCUCAGGGAGCUCUUAUCUCAGGAGAGGCUGCCCGUGCUGGAUUGCUGAGUCACCUUUCGUUGGAGGCUGCCCUUAUCUCAAGAGCAGCACAACAUUCAGGCAGUUAGUUGCACAAGGAGGAACUCUGGGCAGGAGAGCUGCGGCCUGCUGUGUCUUCAACACCAUCCUUGGGAUUGCUGCAACGCUUCUUGACUUCCUCCACAGCAUGGCAGUCCAGCCCUGUUCUGUCUGGAUACGUCGUCUUCAAUCCUGCAGGUACGAAGCCGCAGGAUGAGGGGUCGCCACACUGAGGCCACUCAGAGGGAAUGCUGGGACCGUAACAUGACUCAGUGCUAUCAGUGAAGGCAGGGGUGUCCAGUCACGCUCAUGGCUCUCCCAUUGCACAGAGAUACUGUCCCUUCCAGUGACACAGCAGAUUCACCCACCGUGUGAGAAGCAACACGUUGCAGGGAGGAUGAUUCAGGAAACCUGUUAGAGAAGUUACUAAAAAGUCACCAUGAUGCAUACCAGUGACUAAGCUUCAGAUAACAGCUGACACGUGACAUUAGAUAAUAUUUUUAUUUAUUUGCUAUUGAACCUAUGCAGCUUCAAGUUUUUAAUGUCAUUUUAACUGCACAAAAUUGGCCACAAAUUUAACAAAAAUAUUAAAUUAACCCACAAAGGUAUAGAUUAAAAUAUGAGAUAAGUCAAAAAGUUCUUUGGAAUUAUGUCAUAAUUACAAAAGAAACAUUUUCUAUCAUAUUAUAAUAAUGUAGAAAACACAUACUAAACAUCUUCUUGAAAACAAAAACAACCUAACAGCCCAUAUUAAAUGGAUCCAAGUAUUCCAUUACACAGUAUAUAUGAACACACAGGAGCUGCAGGGGCGUCAAGGAAUUUUACGCUUACUCAGUUCCGCAGUGCUCAAGAUGACAUGCCACAUGCCGGCUGUAAUCCACAGCUACACAUCAGACCUAAUGUUAAUCCGUGUUCCCUCAGGUUUAUCCACCACCUGAUUUUGCUAUAAUUAAUAUCAUUAUGGCAAGUCUCAAAACAUCAUCAGGCCACACAGCAGUGGGAGUGGUGAACAAUGGGCUCCGGCUGGUUCUUAUUUCAUGGAUCUUUAAGCAGUAUUCACCGUUUCACAUUUGGAAGCGUCCGUAGCGUGUAACCCUUAAUUGGUUUCAACACCUUAAUAAGUCAAAGGCGUUCAAGACUGAUAAUCACAUUAAAUAGUCCAAUUUAUCUUAAAAAGUCAAUUGCAAAGUGAGAAACUCUUUCUUUAGGAAUGCAUUAUGCCGUGAGGAUGUCAGAGUAAAUUAAAUUCCCCUCUGCACACUAAAGCAUCAAUUUCCUUAUGGUAAUUAUCUGCUGGAAUAGACGUGUCACUAGAAGGAGUCAGGCAUGCUUGACAUUUAGCCUUUUUAUACGCAGGCGAUGAGUAAAAAUUAAGAUGAGGAAAAGGAAAUUAAUCUCCAGCCCAGGCAGGCAUUGAAAGAUCCUGAAGGAUAGUGGUUGAAUCAAUCACUGUUUGUGAGGCUGAUAAAAAAAAAAAAAAAAAUACAAUGAUGAGAUGCAGACCACAGGCUGGAAAAUCUGAGGAGGAGGAGGAGUUGGAGGAGGUCUGUAGUUCUUUCUUAGCAAAUAGAGUUAUGGUUACUGUGAUGAGGGUUAAUGUAAAAUAAAAUACUGAACGUCUGGCAGAACAACACCGGCUUAACUGUAGGCCAGGAGAACUGCUUAAGAGUCAAGUCAAGAUAUGUCACAGUGACAUCAAGGAAUAGAUCUUAGGAAGCUCAUUGUUGAAAUUUCAAGGUGAAACUACACCUGGUUGUCUAAUUAUAAGUGUAACUAUUACCAAGAAGUAAUAUUAAAAACUGAAAAGAUAUAUAGUAUUAACAAAAUGUAAUUAUAGAAGGAAAAGCCAACCAAUGAAAAUAAUAAAUUAAUAAAAAAGUUGGUGAAAACACAAAAAAUUGCCAACGGUCAACCCUUUCUCAAUAAAUAUGUGCUGUGUGUGCUUUUGGGCUGUAAUAGUACUUGUAUUCGUCCCAAACCGUUCAACACAAAUACACACCUGUAUUUAACGGCGCACCUGUGUAGGUAAGAGGGGAAACUUAAUUCGGAGCGGACCGCUGCGACUUCCGCCGGAACGCAUUGUGACUGGACUCUAUUGCCGUUCGCUCAAGUCAGGACUUUUAACUAACCGUUAACAUGGACGAGCCCCGUAUUGUCAAUGGAAGAAACGCCACGUCCCAGCAGUGCACGCUUCAGGAGAGCGGAUUGGUGUCGACCCUAAUGUCUGCGUAUUGAAGAGAACCACUUGUUUUCCACCACGUUGCCACGGCAAUACCCAGCAGGAGCAAAAGGACAGCAGCAAAGGAGCAACAUUUAAGUGGCCGCAGGAUGAAGAGGAGGAGGAGGAGGAGGAGAAGGACGUUUCCUUUAUUCUUCAAGCAUUCUUCAAAAACACAUACUAAAUGGCAGAGAGUUAUUCUGUCCUGAACAUCACACCCAGACAGCAGAGCACUCAUCCAGACCUGAGGACCCUAACCUCAGGUGUGCCGCGACUACGGCUAUGGUGGAGACUUGGAGGACGUGAUGGAGCAGGAGUUCAGGCGGAUUAAAGGAAUAACUUACCUGGACCAUGCAGCAACCACUCUGUACCCAGAGUCUGUGAUCAGGAACUAUGCCAACGACCUUUCAAAGAACCUAUAUGGAAAUCCUCACAGCUAUCACACCAGCAGCAGGUUGACACAUGACACUGUGGAAACGGUCAGAUACAGAGUAUUGCAGCAUUUCAAUGCCAGCCCAGAGGAGUACUCUGUGAUUUUCACUUCAGGUUGUACAGCCGCCCUGAAAUUAGUUGCAGAGAGCUUUCCCUGGAGGCCGCAGACCGAGAGUGAAGCGGGGAGUUACUUCAGCUACCUCACCGACAGUCACACCUCUGUGGUUGGCAUAAGAGGAGUGACUUCUGGCCGGGGGGUAGUUUGCCUCCCUGUCUCCCUGAAGGAGGUACGGAGUGGAGCAAAGUGUGAGCGUCAGUGUGACGAUGCUGUUUGCUCAACACCGCACCUGUUCUGCUACCCAGCGCAGAGCAACUUCUGCGGGAGGAAAUAUCCCCUCAGCUUUGUAAAAGGCAUCCAGGCAAGACAACUUUAUCCAGCGUCUGACCAUGAAGGCCACUGGUAUGUGCUCCUUGAUGCUGCCUCUCAUGUCAGCAGCUCCCCGCUAAACCUACAGGAGUGUCCUGCAGACUUUAUUCCCAUCUCCUUCUACAAGAUAUUUGGCUUCCCUACAGGACUGGGGGCCCUUCUGGUCCGUAACAGUGUGGCAGGAAUACUAAAAAAGACAUAUUUUGGUGGAGGCACAGCAGCAGCUUACCUUUCUGGAGAAGAUUAUUAUGUGUAUGCUACAAACAUCUCUGACAGAUUUGAAGAUGGGACCGUCCCUUUCUUGGACAUUAUUGCACUAAAUCACAGUUUUGAUGCUCUUUACAGAAUAACAGGGGGCAUGCUUAACAUCCAGCAGCACACCUUCGCCUUGGCACGCUACACUUACAUGCUGCUGUCAAGUCUUUGCCAUGGCAACGAGCAACCGGUGGCUCAGAUAUACACUGAAGGCCAGUUUGAGAGUCCAAGCACACAGGGAGCGAUCCUCAACUUUAACCUUAUGGAUUCUCAUGGACAAAUAAUUGGUUAUUCCCAUGUGGACAGAAUGGCAAGUUUGUACAAUAUUCACGUUCGCACUGGCUGCUUCUGCAACACUGGAGCCUGUCAGUUCUACCUCCAAAUCACCAGUCAACAGAUGAAGAGAAACCUGCAGGCCGGCCACGUGUGUGGAGACAACAUCGACCUGGUGGCAGGACGCCCAACCGGGUCUGUCCGCAUCUCCUUUGGAUACAUGUCGACGUUUGAGGACUGUCAAAAGUUCCUGAAGUUUGUUUCGGAGGUUUUUGCAGAAAAACCAGUCAAAGUGGAUGAAGUGAGACUAGAAAAAUUGAAAACAACCUGGUCAGCUACAAGUGAAUAUUUCCAUCCCAGAUUUCAAAUCACAGUUGAAGAGUCGUUCAAGGAAGACAAGGAGAAAUCCACAGACGUGUCACUGGAAGAAUUUGGAAACAGCGAUCCAGAAUUCCAUGAGGAGUCUCGUACUCUUACUAACAUCUACAUAUAUCCAAUAAAAUCAUGUGGCGCUUACGAGGUGCAGGACUGGCCAUUGGGGGAGCAGGGUUUACUUUACGACAGAGGCUGGAUGGUGGUAAACAGAAACGGCGUGUGCCUGAGUCAGAAGAGAGAAACACGUUUAUGCUUAAUUCGCCCACAAGUGCAUCUGCACUCAAACAAAUUGCUCCUGCAGGCAUCAGGGAUGGAUACCAUUUCUGUUCCCCUGGAAAACAACGUCAACGCAAGCUAUCGACUGUGUCAGAGCAAAGUUUGUGGUGACAGGGUGGAGACUCUUGACUGUGGGGAUGAGGCUGCUUCGUGGCUUUCAGACUUCCUGGGACAGCCAUGCCGCUUGAUAAAACAAAAUCCCAAUUAUACCCGAGACAUGAAAAACAGGCCUAGUGGAGAUGCCACCUCCACAUUUCUCUCCCUGGUGAAUGAAGCUCAGUAUCUCAUGAUCAACCGCGCCAGCGUGGAGCUCAUUCAGAUACAGAUGAGCAGCAGACAUGGACAUUUUCAGAGUGAUCCGCUCCUUGACACACAGAAUGUCAUUAGCCGCUUCCGAGCCAAUUUAGUCAUCAGUGGUGUAGAACCAUUUGAAGAAGAUAAUUGGUCACACUUGAUUAUUGGCAACAUCCGAUUCAUGGUUACAGGUCAAUGUGGAAGGUGCCAGAUGGUUGGAAUAGAUCAGGAAAGUGGGACCAAAACAAAAGAGCCUCUAAUGUCUCUGUCUGCGUACCGCCAUGGGAAGGUGACUUUUGGUGUGUACCUGACCCAGCAGCUACCAAAUUGUCCCCCUGCUGCCUGUGUCCUUUCAGUUGGCUCCUUUAUACAGCCAGUGCUACAGAGUCCUUGAAAUGAUCAUCUGCAACAUCUUCUUUUAUCCACUUUUGUGACAUCCCAGGUCCUUACCCAUCAUUUCUGUACAGCACAUCCAAAGGAUCACCUGUCAGACUGUGUGAGAAGUUUUCUUUUUUAAAUUUUUUUUUUUUUUUUUAUAAAUUCUCUUCUGUUCUCUCUCCGUGGUGGCUUUUGUUCUCUGAAGUGUCCUUUUCAUACCAGAGCAUUGACGAUUUUAUUCUAUCCCAGUCUGUUUUGAUGGGAAAUGUAAUGAGAUUUUUAGGGUUUUUUCUCUCACCUCUCAUUAUGAUCAUCUUAAAAUGUGUGCAGCAACAAAUGUGUAAAAUAUUAAUUCCAUGAAUAAGUUGCUGCUGCCAUUUGUCAAAACAAGUCAGGCUCGAUGUUUUAAUUUCUGUUCAUGUUAACCUCCCCGUAGUCCCGCAAUGCUUUCGCUCAUGAAAGUUUAUCUUGCUAUUUAUUCCAAACACAACACUGCUGUUAGUGCUGCUGGCAGAAUUUGAAACAGGCCCGCCCUUCUCCCCGCUCGCCCCCCCCACCCACCCAUUGGAAAAACAGACACUCUGCUGUAUGUGUGCUCCAAGUGGAACUGAAAUGGACAUACUGUCAGUGCCAGGACAGAAUGGGUAAUAUUUUAAUGUAGAAGCAAUUAGCUGGAAUGAUAUGCUCAGGGAAUUAUUUGUGUACAUUAAAUAUAUGUGCUCAAUUUAUCUGUUAAUGUCUGGCUAAUUAAUCUUGAUAUAACUAUUGUACGAGCUGUGGUAUAAUGCACCAUACGGUUUAUACGCAUUUUAAAGGCAUGCCAAAGAUAAAGUAUUUUUAAUAGUCCCAUUGUAACAGGUAGUGACGUUGGCACAGACGUUUGAUUUUCAACGGUACCAAUGAAAAUCAAACGACUGUGACAUUUGAAGUCCCUGCAUCGGAUUCAUGUCAUUUUCACACUCAACAGCCCCCUCCUGAUUCACCCUGAGUCUUUCUUCAGCAUGUAACUCAUUUGUACCUCCUGCUGGUGCUCACGCUGUACAGCAGUUUGUAGACCUUUGACAAUAGUGGUUUCUGCAGAUGUUUAUGUAGGAUUUAAAUCUUUACCUUUAAAUGCAACGCAUAAUAUUUAUAACGUACAUUAAAUAAGCAUUCAACUGUAUUACAGAUCUUUCAUCAAACCUGGUUUUAGAAAUAGAAAAUAAUUUGUAUCCCAAGAAAUAAAAUAUAAAUUCAUAAUGUUGCUUUAUUAUUAUAUUCUACUGCUGGAGUUGUUAAAUUAUUUUCUUUUUUGCAGGUAUUUACAAAGGCUGAUUGAUUUUAGAUCAUUUCCCUUUUUGCCACUGUUUGGCAUUAUAAGAAUAAUAAUAAAUAUACAAAGUUAACAGUA